CAACACGCCGCAACCAUGGUGAACGUAUUUGCUGUGCCGGUCUUCUUCAUCUGCUUCCGAGAAUGUCUCGAAUGCACCAUCAUCGUCUCCAUCCUGCUGGCUUUCCUCAAGCAGAGCAUCGGCGGACCGAGUAGCGACAAGGUCGUCUACAAGAAACUCGUGCGACAGAUCUGGAUGGGGAUAGCCGCUGGUCUCGCAGUGUGCAUCGUGAUCGGCGGCGCCUUCAUCGGAGUCUUCUAUGGCGUGGGAAAGGACUUUUUCGGCAAAGCAGAGGACAUCUGGGAGGGCGUCUUCUCGCUCAUCGCAUGCAUCAUCAUUACCAUCAUGGGCAUCGGUUUCCUCCGAGUCUCCAAGCUGCAAGAGAAGUGGAGGGUCAAGAUCUCUCAGGCUCUGGAGAAGCACCAUGCGGGCCAAGGACUUGGUAUGAGGUCGCGCUUCAAGCUGUGGUGUGAGAAGUACGCCAUGUUCCUGCUGCCGUUCAUCACCGUGCUUCGCGAAGGUCUCGAGGCGGUCGUCUUCAUCGGAGGCGUCGGCCUUGGGUUGCCUGCGAAGUCGUUUCCGCUGGCCGUAGUGUGCGGCCUUGCCUCUGGCAUUGCAAUCGGAUACAUCAUCUACCGUGGCGGUCACUCCACGAAGCUUCAGAUCUUCCUGACCAUCUCAACAUGUUUCUUGUACCUCAUCGCCAGUGGACUCUUCUCCAAAGCCGUCUGGGAUUUCGAGAUGAAUUCCUGGAGCAAGAUCAUCGGUGGUGAUGCCGCCGAGACCGGCUCCGGACCUGGCUCAUAUGACAUCCGCAAAUCUGUCUGGCACGUCAACAAAGCCAACCCAGAGAUCAACGGCGGUGGUGGAUGGGGCAUUUUCAACUCCAUCUUCGGCUGGACCAACAGUGCCACCUACGGCUCCGUCAUCGCGUACAACCUGUACUGGCUGGCAAUUAUCAUCGCUUUCGGCUCUCUGGGCUUCUACGAGAAGCGAGGCCACUGGCCGCUUAUGAAGGCAAAGGCAAAGGCGCCAUCGGUCGAUUCGGAGGGCGCGGAGAGCGACUCCACCAGUCAAGACCAUGCCGAGAAAGACAAGACUGGAGUGCAUGUCACCGCCAGUGAUGGGCGUCAGCUUUCAGCAUGA